AUGAGUGCUAGCUCGCAAACCAUCCCCGACCUUUACACGCUCGAUCAGAUCCAAGCCAUCACGGACACUGCCACGUUUCGAAACGACCUGAUCAAGGCCAUCUCCCAAGGAUUUGUUGCCUUCGAAAACGGCUUAUUCGUUGCCGCUCCAAUUCAAACUCUGGGUGCACCACCCACGAUUCCAUUCGUCGCGAAUCAUCCGAACUAUGCGGCCCAAACGUGCGUCAAAUCGGGGUACUUUGCCCAGCACCCGUACUACGUCAUCAAGGUCGCCUCGGGCGGCACGCCCUGGCCCAAUUCUGGCCUUUUGCAAGUAUACUCGCAAAGGACGGGACGACUCGAAGCGUUGCUGCUGGAUGAAGGCGUUUUGACGGAACUGCGCACGGCUGCCGUGGGCGCACUCGCUGCUCAGCUCUUGGCGCCCAAAUGUAUACUGCGGAUUGGGGUCCUGGGUACAGGCGUACAAGCACGGUAUCAACUUUUGCUCCUCCAGAGUGUCACAGAGUGCCGUGAGGUACUCGUUUGGGGACGAAACAGACAGCACACCGAAAAAUUUCAGGCCGAAAUGAAGCACUCAGGAUGGAAAGUCGAAAUCGCAACUGCGGUUGAUGAUUUGCUUUCCAAGUGUGACUUAGUUCUUACAACUACUUGUGCACGCGAAGCCAUUUUGGGCAAAUCAGUUAGUAAAUUAUCCAAAAAGGGCCAGCUCAUUGUCUGCAUCGGAUCAGACGCUCCCGGAAAACGGGAGCUUUCCGAUGUGGUGCUUAAUACUGCCGAGCUUUUGGUUGCCGACCACGUACCCCAGAGUCGCGAACGCGGAGAAUUUCAGUAUUUGGAUUCAUCCAAAGUCGCUGGUAUUAUUCCUUUUGGUGCAUUGAUUGGGCAACCCGAAUUCCAUCGUAAGGAUAGCGGUGAUGACAGAACAAUUCUUUUUGACUCCUCGGGAGUGGCGUUGCAGGAUUGCGUAAUAGCCCAGAUGGUCUACGAUGCUUUGCAAAAGGCUCGUACAUUAUAA